CGACCGACACUCAAAUCAUUAAAAAAAAUUUUUUGUAGAGACGAGGUGUGGCUAUGUUGCUUAGGAUGGUCUUGAACUUCUGCUCAAGAGAUCCUCUGGCCUUGGCCUCCCAAAGUGUUGGUGAGCCACCUGUCUGGCCGACUGAAGGCAAUCCACCACAUGUGAUAAUCUCUGGAGGUGACUUAUGCUCUCCUUCCACUGUGGGGCUGGAGCAGAGAGAAGGAUGGUCGUCACCCCCGCAGAAGGCAAGAGACUACCCUUAGCGUUGAUAACAACCAUACCUCACACUCACAGGCUCCUUUGCGGUUACAAAGUGUCCUUCUUCACUGCUGAGCGUUUGCUCCUCACCACAGCCAUUUCACAGGAAAGGAAGCCAAGCCUCAGAGAGGCUGCGACUCUCUCUCAGACAGCCCGUGGCAUGGCUGGGGCCAGGACGGACCUCUGCACGUUCCGAGUCCUGCAGGCGCACGUCCUGGAGAGAGGGGAGCUGGCAGAGAGGUCCAGGCGGGUCUGGGAGCAGGGCCGGGGGCGGGGUGACGAGUGUGGCAGUUCCCGAGUCUGCCGACAGAGGGCGCCGCCGCCCCGCAAGUCGGCCGGGCCACGCCCCCUACCGGGACCCGCCCCUUUGCAGCGGGGAACCACAGCACCCAGUGAGGAGCGGCUCGGCGGGCUGGGGUUCGAGGCCUUGGGGAUGGGAGGGCGGUGGACUGGCUGGGCCGGGGCAGGAGGAGCAGCAGCAGGGGAUGGGCUGGGCCAGAGCAGAAGGAGGAGCCUCAAGGGAGGUCACCGGCGGGCCGGGGUUUGCGUGGAUCCCAGCAAAGCACAACCCCGAGGCCCCCUCUGCGCUCCCACCCGAAUCGCGGCGGCGGCACGCCCAGGAGGGAGCUGGCCUCUGCAGCUCAACCCACAGCCUCCCGGCCCCGGGGCGGGAGAGGGUGGAGAGGGAGGGCGGCGCCCGGCGGACUCCACCCGAGCAACACCGCCAGCCCCCAACCGCUGCAGUCUAGCCCAGGCCUUGAAGGUCAGCCUGCAGCCUCUUGAGCAGCGCGUGGGGCUCCAACCCCCAGCACCUCCACCUGUCCCAUGUCUCCGAGCUGAGCCCCAACUCUGGUAUAGACGGGAACCCGUAAAGAGCAGCCUCCGGCAGGGAUCCCCCUCCGGCUGUGCGCCCCAGCCCCGCCUCCUCUCCCCCCACCUCGCCCCUGAGUACUGGCGACACCCAGCCAGCCGGCAGGGGCUGGACACUGUGAUGAGCCCCGCCCCCAUCUCCUCCCUCGCCCCCACCCAUACCCCCUCCAACCAAGGCGAGGACGCAGAUGUGUCAGCUAGGAUCCCUGCCCUCUAACAGCUCCCAGUCUCUAGGGAUACGGCCACCAUCCAUACCAAAGCUUACACCAGGAAGCAGAAAGUGGUUCCGGGCCAGUGGGAGGCACAGGUCCUUAACUCCCCAAGAAGACACAGCCUCAGGGGGCCGAGUUCGGCCAGUAUUUAGAGCCCUAAGGAUCUGUGUGGGAGGAAGCUCAGAGGUCUCCAGAAUCAUCUUGAGUCAGCAUCCUUUCAAUAAAGACUCACUGAGCACCUAGGGUGCUUUAAAAAUACCAAUGCCCCAGCCCACCCUAGAACUCCUGGAUCAGAAUCUCAAGGGAACCAGGAGCAGUGCCUCACACCUGUAAUCCCAGCACUUUGGGAGGUCGAGUUAGGAGAAUUGCUUGAGCCCAGGAGUUUGAGACCAGCCUGGACAACA